AUGUCUGAAGGUUUUACUUCCAUCACAACAGACAGCCCCAUAGACACUACAACAUCAGACAAUACCCCAUACAUAAGCACUACUGAGAGUGCUGCAGAUACAACAGUAUCUGAAGGUGAUACUUCCAUCACGACAACAGACAUUCCCAUACACACUAAAACAUCAGACAAUAUCACUUACAUCACUACUACACGGAGCACUGUAGACACAACAAUGUCUGAAGGUUCUACAUUCACCACAACAACAGACAGUCCCAUACACAUUACAUCAGAGAAUACCCCAUACAUCACUAGUACAGAGAGUGCCGUAGACACAACAAUGUCUGAAGGUUCUACAUCCAUCACGACAAAAGACAGUCCCAUAGACACUACAACAUCAGACAAUACUAUAACCACUACAGAAAGCACUGUAGACACAACAGUAUCUGAAGGUACUAGUUCCAUCACAAUAGAUAGUUCAAUAGACACUACAUCAAACAAUACCCCAUACAUUACUACCAUAGAGAGCACAGUCGCCACCACAAUGUCUGGUGAGAGUGCUGUAGACACAACUAUGUCCGAAGGAUCUACAUCCAUCCAUUCACAACAGACAGACAGUCCCAUAGACACUACAUCAGAUAAUACUCCAUACAUCACUACUACAGACAGCACUGUAGCCACAACAGUAUAUGAAGGUUCUACUACAUCCAUUAGGACAACAGAAAGUCCCAUAGACACUAAAACGUCAGACAAUACCACUUACAUCACUACCCCACAGAGCACUGUAGAUACAACAGUAUCUGAAGGUACUACUUCCAUCACAACAGACAGUCACAUAGACACUACAACAUCAGACAAUAUCCCAUACAUAACCACUAGAGAAAGUGCUGUAGACACAACAGUAUCUGAAGGUACUACUUCCAUCACAACAGACAGUCGCAUAGACACUACAUCCGACAAUACACCAUACAUCACUACUACAGAGAGCACUGUCGCCACCUCAAUUUCUGAAGGUUCUACUUCCAUAACAACAGACAUUGCCAUAGACACCACAACAUCAGACAAUACCUCUUACAUAACCACUAUAGAGAGCACUGUGGAUACAACAUUAUCUGAUGAUAAAACUUCCAUCACAACAGACAGUUCCAUACACUCUACAACAACAGAAAAUACCUCUUACAUCACUUCUACAGAGAGCACUGCAGAUACAACAUUACCUGAUGGUUCUACUUCAAUCACGACUACAGACAGUUCCAUAGACACUACAUCAGACAAUACCCGAUACAUCGCUACUACAGGGAUAACUGCAGCCACAACAGUAUCUGAAGGUACAACUUCCAUCACAACGGACAGUCAAGUAGACACUAGAACAUUAGACAAUACUCCCUAUAUAACCACUACAGAGAGCACUGUAGACACAACAGUAUCUGAAGGUACUACUUCCAUCACAACAGACAGUUCAAAAUACACUACAUCAAGCAAUACCCCAUACAUCAUUACUACAGAGAGCAUUGUCGCAACCACAAUGUCUGAAGGUUUUACUUCCAUCACAACAGACAGCCCCAUAGACACUACAACAUCAGACAAUACCCCAUACAUAAGCACUACUGAGAGUGCUGCAGAUACAACAGUAUCUGAAGGUGAUACUUCCAUCACGACAACAGACAUUCCCAUACACACUAAAACAUCAGACAAUAUCACUUACAUCACUACUACACGGAGCACUGUAGACACAACAAUGUCUGAAGGUUCUACAUUCACCACAACAACAGACAGUCCCAUACACAUUACAUCAGAGAAUACCCCAUACAUCACUAGUACAGAGAGUGCCGUAGACACAACAAUGUCUGAAGGUUCUACAUCCAUCACGACAAAAGACAGUCCCAUAGACACUACAACAUCAGACAAUACUAUAACCACUACAGAAAGCACUGUAGACACAACAGUAUCUGAAGGUACUAGUUCCAUCACAAUAGAUAGUUCAAUAGACACUACAUCAAACAAUACCCCAUACAUUACUACCAUAGAGAGCACAGUCGCCACCACAAUGUCUGGUGGUUCUGCCUCAAUCACGACAACAGACACUUCCAUAGACACUACAACAUCAGACAAUACCCCAUACAUAACCACUUCAGAGAGUGCUGUAGACACAACUAUGUCCGAAGGAUCUACAUCCAUUACGACAACAGACAGUCCCAUAGACACUACAUCAGAUAAUACUCCAUACAUCACUACUACAGACAGCACUGUAGCCACAACAGUAUAUGAAGGUUCUACAUCCAUUAGGACAACAGAAAGUCCCAUAGACACUAAAACGUCAGACAAUACCACUUACAUCACUACCCCACAGAGCACUGUAGAUACAACAGUAUCUGAAGGUACUACUUCCAUCACAACAGACAGUCACAUAGACACUACAACAUCAGACAAUAUCCCAUACAUAACCACUAGAGAAAGUGCUGUAGACACAACAGUAUCUGAAGGUACUACUUCCAUCACAACAGACAGUCGCAUAGACACUACAUCCGACAAUACACCAUACAUCACUACUACAGAGAGCACUGUCGCCACCUCAAUUUCUGAAGGUUCUACUUCCAUAACAACAGACAUUGCCAUAGACACCACAACAUCAGACAAUACCUCUUACAUAACCACUAUAGAGAGCACUGUGGAUACAACAUUAUCUGAUGAUAAAACUUCCAUCACAACAGACAGUUCCAUACACUCUACAACAACAGAAAAUACCUCUUACAUCACUUCUACAGAGAGCACUGCAGAUACAACAUUACCUGAUGGUUCUACUUCAAUCACGACUACAGACAGUUCCAUAGACACUACAUCAGACAAUACCCGAUACAUCGCUACUACAGGGAUAACUGCAGCCACAACAGUAUCUGAAGGUACAACUUCCAUCACAACGGACAGUCAAGUAGACACUAGAACAUUAGACAAUACUCCCUAUAUAACCACUACAGAGAGCACUGUAGACACAACAGUAUCUGAAGGUACUACUUCCAUCACAACAGACAGUUCAAAAUACACUACAUCAAGCAAUACCCCAUACAUCAUUACUACAGAGAGCAUUGUCGCAACCACAAUGUCUGAAGGUUUUACUUCCAUCACAACAGACAGCCCCAUAGACACUACAACAUCAGACAAUACCCCAUACAUAAGCACUACUGAGAGUGCUGCAGAUACAACAGUAUCUGAAGGUGAUACUUCCAUCACGACAACAGACAUUCCCAUACACACUAAAACAUCAGACAAUAUCACUUACAUCACUACUACACGGAGCACUGUAGACACAACAAUGUCUGAAGGUUCUACAUGCACCACAACAACAGACAGUCCCAUACACAUUACAUCAGAGAAUACCCCAUACAUCACUAGUACAGAGAGUGCCGUAGACACAACAAUGUCUGAAGGUUCUACAUCCAUCACGACAAAAGACAGUCCCAUAGACACUACAACAUCAGACAAUACUAUAACCACUACAGAAAGCACUGUAGACACAACAGUAUCUGAAGGUACUAGUUCCAUCACAAUAGAUAGUUCAAUAGACACUACAUCAAACAAUACCCCAUACAUUACUACCAUAGAGAGCACAGUCGCCACCACAAUGUCUGGUGGUUCUGCCUCAAUCACGACAACAGACACUUCCAUAGACACUACAACAUCAGACAAUACCCCAUACAUAACCACUUCAGAGAGUGCUGUAGACACAACUAUGUCCGAAGGAUCUACAUCCAUUACGACAACAGACAGUCCCAUAGACACUACAUCAGAUAAUACUCCAUACAUCACUACUACAGACAGCACUGUAGCCACAACAGUAUAUGAAGGUUCUACAUCCAUUAGGACAACAGAAAGUCCCAUAGACACUAAAACGUCAGACAAUACCACUUACAUCACUACCCCACAGAGCACUGUAGAUACAACAGUAUCUGAAGGUACUACUUCCAUCACAACAGACAGUCACAUAGACACUACAACAUCAGACAAUAUCCCAUACAUAACCACUAGAGAAAGUGCUGUAGACACAACAGUAUCUGAAGGUACUACUUCCAUCACAACAGACAGUCGCAUAGACACUACAUCCGACAAUACACCAUACAUCACUACUACAGAGAGCACUGUCGCCACCUCAAUUUCUGAAGGUUCUACUUCCAUAACAACAGACAUUGCCAUAGACACCACAACAUCAGACAAUACCUCUUACAUAACCACUAUAGAGAGCACUGUGGAUACAACAUUAUCUGAUGAUAAAACUUCCAUCACAACAGACAGUUCCAUACACUCUACAACAACAGAAAAUACCUCUUACAUCACUUCUACAGAGAGCACUGCAGAUACAACAUUACCUGAUGGUUCUACUUCAAUCACGACUACAGACAGUUCCAUAGACACUACAUCAGACAAUACCCGAUACAUCGCUACUACAGGGAUAACUGCAGCCACAACAGUAUCUGAAGGUACAACUUCCAUCACAACGGACAGUCAAGUAGACACUAGAACAUUAGACAAUACUCCCUAUAUAACCACUACAGAGAGCACUGUAGACACAACAGUAUCUGAAGGUACUACUUCCAUCACAACAGACAGUUCAAAAUACACUACAUCAAGCAAUACCCCAUACAUCAUUACUACAGAGAGCAUUGUCGCAACCACAAUGUCUGAAGGUUUUACUUCCAUCACAACAGACAGCCCCAUAGACACUACAACAUCAGACAAUACCCCAUACAUAAGCACUACUGAGAGUGCUGCAGAUACAACAGUAUCUGAAGGUGAUACUUCCAUCACGACAACAGACAUUCCCAUACACACUAAAACAUCAGACAAUAUCACUUACAUCACUACUACACGGAGCACUGUAGACACAACAAUGUCUGAAGGUUCUACAUUCACCACAACAACAGACAGUCCCAUACACAUUACAUCAGAGAAUACCCCAUACAUCACUAGUACAGAGAGUGCCGUAGACACAACAAUGUCUGAAGGUUCUACAUCCAUCACGACAAAAGACAGUCCCAUAGACACUACAACAUCAGACAAUACUAUAACCACUACAGAAAGCACUGUAGACACAACAGUAUCUGAAGGUACUAGUUCCAUCACAAUAGAUAGUUCAAUAGACACUACAUCAAACAAUACCCCAUACAUUACUACCAUAGAGAGCACAGUCGCCACCACAAUGUCUGGUGGUUCUGCCUCAAUCACGACAACAGACACUUCCAUAGACACUACAACAUCAGACAAUACCCCAUACAUAACCACUUCAGAGAGUGCUGUAGACACAACUAUGUCCGAAGGAUCUACAUCCAUUUCGACAACAGACAGUCCCAUAGACACUACAUCAGAUAAUACUCCAUACAUCACUACUACAGACAGCACUGUAGCCACAACAGUAUAUGAAGGUUCUACAUCCAUUAGGACAACAGAAAGUCCCAUAGACACUAAAACGUCAGACAAUACCACUUACAUCACUACCCCACAGAGCACUGUAGAUACAACAGUAUCUGAAGGUACUACUUCCAUCACAACAGACAGUCACAUAGACACUACAACAUCAGACAAUAUCCCAUACAUAACCACUAGAGAAAGUGCUGUAGACACAACAGUAUCUGAAGACAGUUCCAUACACUCUACAACAACAGAAAAUACCUCUUACAUCACUUCUACAGAGAGCACUGCAGAUACAACAUUACCUGAUGGUUCUACUUCAAUCACGACUACAGACAGUUCCAUAGACACUACAUCAGACAAUACCCGAUACAUCGCUACUACAGGGAUAACUGCAGCCACAACAGUAUCUGAAGGUACAACUUCCAUCACAACGGACAGUCAAGUAGACACUAGAACAUUAGACAAUACUCCCUAUAUAACCACUACAGAGAGCACUGUAGACACAACAGUAUCUGAAGGUACUACUUCCAUCACAACAGACAGUUCAAAAUACACUACAUCAAGCAAUACCCCAUACAUCAUUACUACAGAGAGCAUUGUCGCAACCACAAUGUCUGAAGGUUUUACUUCCAUCACAACAGACAGCCCCAUAGACACUACAACAUCAGACAAUACCCCAUACAUAAGCACUACUGAGAGUGCUGCAGAUACAACAGUAUCUGAAGGUGAUACUUCCAUCACGACAACAGACAUUCCCAUACACACUAAAACAUCAGACAAUAUCACUUACAUCACUACUACACGGAGCACUGUAGACACAACAAUGUCUGAAGGUUCUACAUUCACCACAACAACAGACAGUCCCAUACACAUUACAUCAGAGAAUACCCCAUACAUCACUAGUACAGAGAGUGCCGUAGACACAACAAUGUCUGAAGGUUCUACAUCCAUCACGACAAAAGACAGUCCCAUAGACACUACAACAUCAGACAAUACUAUAACCACUACAGAAAGCACUGUAGACACAACAGUAUCUGAAGGUACUAGUUCCAUCACAAUAGAUAGUUCAAUAGACACUACAUCAAACAAUACCCCAUACAUUACUACCAUAGAGAGCACAGUCGCCACCACAAUGUCUGGUGGUUCUGCCUCAAUCACGACAACAGACACUUCCAUAGACACUACAACAUCAGACAAUACCCCAUACAUAACCACUUCAGAGAGUGCUGUAGACACAACUAUGUCCGAAGGAUCUACAUCCAUUACGACAACAGACAGUCCCAUAGACACUACAUCAGAUAAUACUCCAUACAUCACUACUACAGACAGCACUGUAGCCACAACAGUAUAUGAAGGUUCUACAUCCAUUAGGACAACAGAAAGUCCCAUAGACACUAAAACGUCAGACAAUACCACUUACAUCACUACCCCACAGAGCACUGUAGAUACAACAGUAUCUGAAGGUACUACUUCCAUCACAACAGACAGUCACAUAGACACUACAACAUCAGACAAUAUCCCAUACAUAACCACUAGAGAAAGUGCUGUAGACACAACAGUAUCUGAAGGUACUACUUCCAUCACAACAGACAGUCGCAUAGACACUACAUCCGACAAUACACCAUACAUCACUACUACAGAGAGCACUGUCGCCACCUCAAUUUCUGAAGGUUCUACUUCCAUAACAACAGACAUUGCCAUAGACACCACAACAUCAGACAAUACCUCUUACAUAACCACUAUAGAGAGCACUGUGGAUACAACAUUAUCUGAUGAUAAAACUUCCAUCACAACAGACAGUUCCAUACACUCUACAACAACAGAAAAUACCUCUUACAUCACUUCUACAGAGAGCACUGCAGAUACAACAUUACCUGAUGGUUCUACUUCAAUCACGACUACAGACAGUUCCAUAGACACUACAUCAGACAAUACCCGAUACAUCGCUACUACAGGGAUAACUGCAGCCACAACAGUAUCUGAAGGUACAACUUCCAUCACAACGGACAGUCAAGUAGACACUAGAACAUUAGACAAUACUCCCUAUAUAACCACUACAGAGAGCACUGUAGACACAACAGUAUCUGAAGGUACUACUUCCAUCACAACAGACAGUUCAAAAUACACUACAUCAAGCAAUACCCCAUACAUCAUUACUACAGAGAGCAUUGUCGCAACCACAAUGUCUGAAGGUUUUACUUCCAUCACAACAGACAGCCCCAUAGACACUACAACAUCAGACAAUACCCCAUACAUAAGCACUACUGAGAGUGCUGCAGAUACAACAGUAUCUGAAGGUGAUACUUCCAUCACGACAACAGACAUUCCCAUACACACUAAAACAUCAGACAAUAUCACUUACAUCACUACUACACGGAGCACUGUAGACACAACAAUGUCUGAAGGUUCUACAUUCACCACAACAACAGACAGUCCCAUACACAUUACAUCAGAGAAUACCCCAUACAUCACUAGUACAGAGAGUGCCGUAGACACAACAAUGUCUGAAGGUUCUACAUCCAUCACGACAAAAGACAGUCCCAUAGACACUACAACAUCAGACAAUACUAUAACCACUACAGAAAGCACUGUAGACACAACAGUAUCUGAAGGUACUAGUUCCAUCACAAUAGAUAGUUCAAUAGACACUACAUCAAACAAUACCCCAUACAUUACUACCAUAGAGAGCACAGUCGCCACCACAAUGUCUGGUGGUUCUGCCUCAAUCACGACAACAGACACUUCCAUAGACACUACAACAUCAGACAAUACCCCAUACAUAACCACUUCAGAGAGUGCUGUAGACACAACUAUGUCCGAAGGAUCUACAUCCAUUACGACAACAGACAGUCCCAUAGACACUACAUCAGAUAAUACUCCAUACAUCACUACUACAGACAGCACUGUAGCCACAACAGUAUAUGAAGGUUCUACAUCCAUUAGGACAACAGAAAGUCCCAUAGACACUAAAACGUCAGACAAUACCACUUACAUCACUACCCCACAGAGCACUGUAGAUACAACAGUAUCUGAAGGUACUACUUCCAUCACAACAGACAGUCACAUAGACACUACAACAUCAGACAAUAUCCCAUACAUAACCACUAGAGAAAGUGCUGUAGACACAACAGUAUCUGAAGGUACUACUUCCAUCACAACAGACAGUCGCAUAGACACUACAUCCGACAAUACACCAUACAUCACUACUACAGAGAGCACUGUCGCCACCUCAAUUUCUGAAGGUUCUACUUCCAUAACAACAGACAUUGCCAUAGACACCACAACAUCAGACAAUACCUCUUACAUAACCACUAUAGAGAGCACUGUGGAUACAACAUUAUCUGAUGAUAAAACUUCCAUCACAACAGACAGUUCCAUACACUCUACAACAACAGAAAAUACCUCUUACAUCACUUCUACAGAGAGCACUGCAGAUACAACAUUACCUGAUGGUUCUACUUCAAUCACGACUACAGACAGUUCCAUAGACACUACAUCAGACAAUACCCGAUACAUCGCUACUACAGGGAUAACUGCAGCCACAACAGUAUCUGAAGGUACAACUUCCAUCACAACGGACAGUCAAGUAGACACUAGAACAUUAGACAAUACUCCCUAUAUAACCACUACAGAGAGCACUGUAGACACAACAGUAUCUGAAGGUACUACUUCCAUCACAACAGACAGUUCAAAAUACACUACAUCAAGCAAUACCCCAUACAUCAUUACUACAGAGAGCAUUGUCGCAACCACAAUGUCUGAAGGUUUUACUUCCAUCACAACAGACAGCCCCAUAGACACUACAACAUCAGACAAUACCCCAUACAUAAGCACUACUGAGAGUGCUGCAGAUACAACAGUAUCUGAAGGUGAUACUUCCAUCACGACAACAGACAUUCCCAUACACACUAAAACAUCAGACAAUAUCACUUACAUCACUACUACACGGAGCACUGUAGACACAACAAUGUCUGAAGGUUCUACAUUCACCACAACAACAGACAGUCCCAUACACAUUACAUCAGAGAAUACCCCAUACAUCACUAGUACAGAGAGUGCCGUAGACACAACAAUGUCUGAAGGUUCUACAUCCAUCACGACAAAAGACAGUCCCAUAGACACUACAACAUCAGACAAUACUAUAACCACUACAGAAAGCACUGUAGACACAACAGUAUCUGAAGGUACUAGUUCCAUCACAAUAGAUAGUUCAAUAGACACUACAUCAAACAAUACCCCAUACAUUACUACCAUAGAGAGCACAGUCGCCACCACAAUGUCUGGUGGUUCUGCCUCAAUCACGACAACAGACACUUCCAUAGACACUACAACAUCAGACAAUACCCCAUACAUAACCACUUCAGAGAGUGCUGUAGACACAACUAUGUCCGAAGGAUCUACAUCCAUUACGACAACAGACAGUCCCAUAGACACUACAUCAGAUAAUACUCCAUACAUCACUACUACAGACAGCACUGUAGCCACAACAGUAUAUGAAGGUUCUACAUCCAUUAGGACAACAGAAAGUCCCAUAGACACUAAAACGUCAGACAAUACCACUUACAUCACUACCCCACAGAGCACUGUAGAUACAACAGUAUCUGAAGGUACUACUUCCAUCACAACAGACAGUCACAUAGACACUACAACAUCAGACAAUAUCCCAUACAUAACCACUAGAGAAAGUGCUGUAGACACAACAGUAUCUGAAGGUACUACUUCCAUCACAACAGACAGUCGCAUAGACACUACAACAUCAGACAAUACUACUUAUAUAACCAGUACAGAAAGCACUGUAGACACAACAGUAUCUGAAGGUACUAGUUCCAUCACAAUAGAGAGUUCAAUAGACACUACAUCAGACAAUACCCCAUACAUUACUACCAUAGAGAGCACAGUCGCCACCACAAUGUCUGGUAGUUUUGCCUCAAUCACGACAACAGACACUUCCAUAGACACUACAACAUCAGACAAUACCCCAUACAUAACCACUUCAGAGAGUGCUGUAGACACAACUAUGUCUGAAGGAUCUACAUCCACUACGACAACAGACAGUCCCAUAGACACUACAUCGGAUAAUACCUUAUACAUCACUAGUACAGAGAGUGCUGUAGACACAACAAUGUCUGAAGGUUCUACUUCCAUCACAACAGACAGUUCAAAAUACACUACAUUAAGCAAUACCCCAUACAUCAUUACUACAGAGAGCAUUGUCGCCACCACAAUGUCGGAAGGUUUUACUUCCAUAACAACAGACAUUCCCAUAGACACUACAACAUCAGACAAUACCCCAAACAUAACCCUUACUGAGAGUGCUGCAGAUACAACAUUACCUGAAGGUGAUACUUCCAUCACAACAGACAUUCCCAUAUACACUACAAUAUCAGACAAUACCACUUACAUCACUACUACACAGAGCACUGUAGACACAACAAUGUCUGAAGGUUCUACUUCCAUAACAACUGACACUCCCAUAAACACUACAAAAUCGGACAAUACCCCAUAUAUAACCACUAUUGAGAGUGCUGCAGAUACAACAUUAUCUGAAGGUGAUACUUCCAUCACAACGGACAGUCCCAUAGACACUACAACAUCAGACAAUGUCCCAUACAUAACGACUACUGAGAGUGCUGCAGAUACAACAUUAUCUGAAGGUGACACUUCCAUCACGACAACAGACAUUCCCAUAGACACCACAACAUCAGAAAACACCUCUUACAUCACUUCUACAGAGAGUGCUGUAGACACAACAAUGUCUGAAGGUUCUACAUCCAUCACGACAACAGACAGCCCCAUAGACACUACAUCAGACAAUACCCCAUACAUCACUACUACAGAGAUAGCUGUAGACACAAAAGUAUUUGAUGAUACUGCUUCCAUCACGACAACAGGCAAUCUUGAUGACAUAACAAUAUCAGAUGGUAGUAAUUCAAUCACCGCAAGAGAGAGUCCUACAGACACGACAACGUCGUAUUAUGAUAAUUCUCGAAGAGACUCUACGACAAUCGGACAGUUGUUAGAGAUGUCUCCACAUCCCAUUGUGCCCACCUUAAUUCCCACAAGGUUGACAUCCCCUACAGGUGGAAGAGUAUUACUUUGUGAGAGUGAAACCAAAACUAUCACCUGUACGUUGCCUUAUGUGAUCAAUAUCAUAGAAACUUGGCACGGCCGGAAUGAUACAGCGAUAUGCCGUGCAGAGAUGACGUCAACGUUGUGUCAUUCUGACGUAACAACGACGAAAACAGUAAUCAACAAGGCUUGUCAAGACAAGAGUAUCUGUAUUCUAUCGGCUGUCCCUCAUAUGUAUGGAAACGCUUGCAUUGACAAACAUGCUUAUCUUGCGGUUGUCUACGAGUGUUCUCUACCAGAACCGGAAGUUCAACAGAAACAACAAGUUCAUCAAAGCUUCCAGGCCAGUUUUACAAACAUCAACUUGACGGUUGCCAUUGCAUGGAGAGUACAAGUGCCACACGUGGGGUCAUGUGGUUUACGUUGUCGAACUGACCACACAUGUGUAUCUUUCGCGUUUUCCGCGAAUGAGAGGAUAUGUCAAGGUCACAAAACCAUAGCUUCAAACAUGGUUAAAGGUGAAGGUCAUCCAGGAAAUGGAAUAUCCUAUUUUGUUUUGAGAUGGUGCGAUGGUGACGGAUUCGUGUAUGACGUCACGGGUGUAUGUUAUGGGAUAUAUGGUAUUCGCCACACCCAGGCCGACGGUCAGACAGCAUGCUCUCGGCACGGCAUUGGAUACGGAAAAGUGACGGGACAGUUAAUGAUUCUAGACACACCGCAAAAACUACAGGGCAUGUGGGUCAAAACUCGUCAAGAUUCCUGGUUAGCACAGGAAAGUUUGUUUAUUGUUUCCGGUGGCAGGAAUGAGAUUGGUGAUUGGACAUUCCAUGACGGAUCCAUCAUUCCGGACGAUAUGUGGGUCCAAGGAGUUCUGGAAACCCACUCUGGAGUCUGUGUCUCAAUGUCACGUGAUGGUCUUGUGCCAAUUGACUGUGCCACAAAACGUUUCUUCAUGUGUGAAAAAGUUGUAUUAAAACAAAUAACAUGA